AUGAUUAAACAACGGCAACUUAAGGCGCAAAGCGCCCAGGUCCUUCAGACCAUUACAUACGCCAUAUAUGCAUAUAAUUCAAAGACGGCAGAACAAACGCAAAGGUUGAAAUAUGGAGAUUUGGAGAUAGUAUUGAAAAAUGACCAUUUCGAAUUCGUUUGCAAAGGUGGUGCAGUGAUAUCAAAUAUAAAAGAAAUUUUAUUUAUGAAUUCUAAAAUUAAAGGAAUAACGGAUGAUAUAACAUCAAUUCCACCAGAAGAACAGAGAUAUUACGCAUUAAAUGCAUUUCCUAAAGUUUUGAAGAUUGGAAGAUUUAAUUUAAAUGAGGAAUUCAUAGAAGGUUUCCUAAACGACAUAAUGAAGAGGGUGGAUAAGGAAUAUGUGGAUAGUGAGUUAGAGAAGAAGGCAAAUUUGGUUUAUGUUGAUGAAAAAGAUAAUGAAAUUAAAGAAAAGGUUGAAUGGUAUCAUGAAUGGACAUCGGAGACUUUUAAAGUUAAAGCUGAUACAGGAUGGGUUUCAGGAUGUUUAGAUCUUAAAGCAGAUAAGAACCAUACACAUAACUUCUUCUCAACUGUUGCUAUAGAAAGUAUUGAAGGAACGGUUGACGGAACUGAUUGGGAUGCAUUAUAUUAUAAACCUCCUAACUUUCCACAAGGUUUAACAUCGAAUGAAAACAUAACAACGAUGAAAAAAAUUAAAUGUAAAAAUGUUUAUGUCAUGGAUGAUGAAAAUAAAGUUAAAUUCACUGCUCAAGAUUUAUAUGAUAAGAAAGCUGACAAAACAGAGCUUCAAACAUUAAAGACUGAAAUACUUCAAACAUUAUAUCCUGUUGGUUCUUUAUAUACAUCAAUGAACUCAACAAAUCCAUCAACAGUUUUAGGUUUUGGUAUGUGGAAGCAGAUUGUAGAUAAAUUCUUAUACUGUGCUAGAUAUUCAAAGCAAACAGGAGGUUCGAAGAAAAUUAAAGAAGCAAACCUUCCACCGCACACUCAUACGGGAACUACAAACUUUUCUGGCGACCAUAGCCACUCAUUAAGAGACCACCCAUUAUACAACUCAGACUAUGAAGCUGGUCAUGACGUUUUAUCUCCAUCUUAUAACGAUUCAACAAAAAAGACUUUUCGACAAACUGAACCGGGGGGAAAUCAUGUCCAUACUUUCACAACAAAUCCAACAGGCUCGGGUAAAGAUUAUAUGCCACCAUUUGUGACUGUAUUUGCAUGGUACCGCGUUCAUUGA